CCGGCAAGUAUAACGGCUCGUAAAUUGUCAAUAACUGACAAAAGCAAGGUAUAAAUUUUGAAUUGCAGCAAUAAUGGCUAAUAAGCAUACUUACAACCUAGGAAGAUUUGAUCUUCAUAUUGACACUCCUAGGACAACAAGAUACAAUUAUAGACGUAGAAGACUGGAAAGAGACGAUUUAUCAGACUCAAGCAUUGAAAAUCAGAGGUGGCGAGACAACUAUGCUCAAGUUGCAGACCUUUUACAUGAAGUGAAUAACACUUCUGACAGUGAUGGAUCUACAGCAUCUCAGUCAUUAUCAGGAUCUCCUGUGUCAAUGCCUGUUUUAUCACCUACAAAUGAAUCAGAAUCUAGUAUGUCACCUGCUGAUCAAAUAAUCUCUUCUUCUUCCGGAUCAUCUAAUCAUGGCGAAGGUUAUCCAAGAGAUCAAUAUGAGCAGUUGCUCUAUGAGCAAGAUGAUGACUACGCGAGUGACGAAGAUAUCAUUGAGUAUCAACCCGAUUUGGAGAUCCUUUUAUGA